UUAACCUAGCAGAACAUGUAUGUAGAGACAAGACUUGUCUCUGAUGUAUGUUUUGUUUGAUCAACGUAGAGAAUUGUGAUUUUUAAGAGCAUCUCUAAGUACUGAUUUAUUUCCAGUUAACAUAAAUUUGUUAAAAACGCUGCAGGAUGGCGGAUGCCGCAGCCCGGCAGUUGCAAUAUGAAUACAAAGCGAAUUCAAAUCUUGUACUACAAGCCGACGUUCGUCUUAUCGAAAGACGUGGUCGUGAUGAAGCGACUGGAGAAGUUAUGUCCCUUGUGGGAAAACUCACCAGCACUAAAAUGGGAGACAGAGCGCAAAGAACGAAACCCGGAAAGGCAGAAGAACGAAAAGUCAAGCGUCAGAAGCGAGAUGAAGCUCAAUACGAUUUUGCUCGCAUGAAAGGUGCUACUUUACUUUCCGAAGGUGUAGACGAAAUGGUGGGUAUUAUCUACAAACCUAAAACUCAAGAAACCCGGCAGACAUAUGAAGUGCUCUUGAGUUUCCUACAAGAAGCUUUAGGCGACCAACCUAGAGACAUAAUUUGUGGAGCUGCUGAUGAAGUGCUUUCAGUAUUAAAGAAUGAUAGGUUGAAGGAACGUGAAAAGAAAAAAGAGACCGAACAGCUAAUAGGCAGUAUACCCGAGGAGCGAUUUGCCCUGCUAGUAAAUUUAGGAAAAAAAAUUUCCGAUUUCGGCACAGAUGAAUUAAAAACAAAUGUAGGCGAAGAAAACAUUGAUGAAACGUACGGAAUUAAUGUGCAGUUUGAAGAGUCUGAAGAAGAGGAUGAUGAAGACAUGUAUGGUGAGGUUCGCGACGAGUUUGACGAAGAAGAAGGGGAAGAAGCUAGAGAAGACGGAGCAAUUCAUGCAGAAAAUCUUGGAGUAAGUGCGGAGGAACUAAAAAAAGAAAAAGCACUUCACCCAAUGGACAUCGACGCUUACUGGCUUCAAAGAAAACUCUCUAAAAUAUACGAUGACGCCAUGAUUUCUCAAGCUAAAGCUACUGAAGUUCUUAACGUUUUAAGAGAUGCGAGUGAUGAUCGAGAGCUAGAAAAUCAAUUGGUGUUGCUCCUUGGUUACGAUUGUUUCGAUUUCAUUAAGCAACUGAAAAAAAAUCGAAAAUUAAUUCUCUACUGUACAUUACUAGCGAAAUCUCAAAGCGAAACAGAGCGCCAAAAACUGAAAGAAAAAAUGGCAGAAGAUCCUUCUUUGAAAAGAAUACUGAAGUUACUUGAAACUGGAAAAGGUGACGAAGAAAAUGGUGACGACGAUACAGCAUCCCGGGCUAGAAAACGAAAGCACAGUAGCGACGAAGAAGAUAUCGAUGAUGAUUCGGGCAAAAAACAGGUCGCCGGCAAUAGAAAGUUGGUUGAUUUUGAAGAUUUAGUUUUCAAGCAGGGUUCUCAUUUUAUGGCUAAUAAAAGAUGUCAACUACCCGAUGGUUCCUUCAGAAAGCAAAGAAAAGGUUAUGAAGAAGUGCACGUUCCAGCUUUAAAACCCAAACCAUUUGGCGAAAAUGAAAAGUUGCAACCAAUAGAUCAACUGCCUAAAUACGUCCAACCAGUUUUUGAUGGUUUUAAAACCUUGAAUAGGAUUCAAAGUCGGCUCUACAAAGCUGCAUUAGAAGGCGAUGAAAAUAUCUUGCUUUGUGCCCCUACUGGUGCAGGAAAAACUAACGUUGCGCUGCUAGCAAUGAUGCGAGAGAUUGGUAAACAUAUCAACGCUGAUGGGACAAUAAAUGCAGACGAAUUUAAAAUAAUCUACAUUGCCCCUAUGAGAUCGUUAGUACAAGAAAUGGUUGGAAAUUUCGGUAAACGACUAGCAAGCUACAAUAUAAUCGUGCAUGAAUUGACUGGAGAUCAUCAAUUGACUAGGGAGCAAAUUGCCGAAGCCCAAGUUAUCGUUUGUACGCCUGAAAAAUGGGACAUCAUAACAAGGAAAGGUGGAGAGAAAACAUUUACUUCGCUGGUUCGUUUAAUAAUCAUUGACGAAAUCCACUUGUUACAUGACGAUAGAGGCCCCGUUCUGGAAGCCCUAGUAGCAAGAACUAUUAGGAUGAUAGAAUCGACUCAAGAAGAAGUUCGAUUAGUUGGACUUUCGGCUACUUUGCCUAACUACCAGGACGUUGCUGCAUUUUUAAGGGUGCAACCUGACUCUGGACUUUUCUAUUUUGAUAACAGUUUUCGACCUGUUGCUUUGGAACAGCAGUAUAUUGGAGUUACUGAGAAAAAAGCCACUAAAAGGUGUCAAAUAAUGAAUGAAAUUGUUUAUGAAAAGACCAUGGAACACGCGGGUAAAAAUCAGGUUUUGAUAUUCGUACAUUCAAGAAACGAGACAGGGAAAACCGCGAGAGCUAUACGAGACAUGUGCUUAGAAAAAGACACUUUGGGACAGUUUUUAAGAGAAGGCUCUGCAUCUAUGGAAGUUCUCAGAACAGAAGCAGAUCAAGUUAAAAAUAACGAGCUAAAGGAUCUUUUACCUUAUGGAUUCGCGAUUCAUCACGCUGGUAUGACCAGGGUAGACAGGACACUAGUUGAAGAUCUUUUUGCCGAUCGACAUAUUCAGGUACUGGUUUCAACUGCUACCUUGGCUUGGGGUGUAAACUUGCCAGCGCAUACCGUCAUAAUCAAAGGCACGCAAAUAUAUGAUCCUACCAAAGGCAGAUGGGUGGAAUUGGGCGCAUUAGAUGUUUUACAAAUGCUGGGUCGUGCCGGCAGGCCCCAAUAUGACACUAAAGGUGAAGGUAUAUUGAUCACUAAUCACAGCGAACUGCAGUACUACCUAUCUCUUCUCAAUCAACAACUGCCUAUAGAGUCGCAAAUGAUAACAAGAUUACCAGACAUGCUAAACGCGGAAAUUGUUUUGGGAACAAUACAAAAUCUUAGAGAUGCUGUGACUUGGAUAGGAUACACUUAUCUUUAUAUCAGAAUGUUACGUGCUCACACUUUGUACGGAAUUUCCCAUGAUCAGAUUAAACAAGAUCCUUUACUAGAGCAACAUAGAGCCGAUUUAGUACAUACAGCUGUUCUUCAUUUGGACCGCAGUGGUUUGGUUAAAUAUGAGCGAAAAUCUGGCCAAUUUCAAGGCACUGAAUUGGGACGAAUCGCUUCACAGUAUUAUUGCACCCAUGAAACAAUGUUGACUUACAACCAGUUGCUAAAGCCGUACUUAAGUGACAUAGACUUGUUUCGGGUGUUUUCCUUAUCUGGAGAGUUUAGAAAUAUCGCUGUUAGGGAAGGAGAACCAGGUGAAUUGCAGAAGCUUAUGGAGAGAGUACCAAUUCCUAUUAAAGAGAGCAUAGAAGAGCCGAGCGCCAAAGUUAAUGUAUUGUUGCAAGCCUACAUCUCCCAAUUGAAAUUGGAAAGUUUCGCACUUAUGUCCGAUAUGGUUUAUGUCACACAAUCAGCCUCAAGAUUAAUACGGGCUAUAUUUGAAAUAGUUCUUCAUAGAGGAUGGGCACAGCUUGCUGAUAAAGUGCUAACUCUAUGUAAGAUGGUUGACAAGAGAAUGUGGCAAUCUAUGUCUCCGCUGAGACAGUUUAAGAAAAUGCCCGAAGAAAUUGUCAAGAAGAUAGAAAAGAAAUAUUUUCCUUGGGAAAGACUGUAUGAUCUGGGUCCUAACGAAAUUGGUGAACUAAUCAGAGUUCCGAAAUUAGGAAAAACGAUUCAUAAAUACGUACAUCAAUUCCCUAAGCUGGAACUUUCCACCCACAUUCAACCUAUCACCAGAUCAAUGCUUAAAGUGGAACUUACUAUCACCCCGGACUUUCAAUGGGACGAGAAACUGCACGGGCAUGCCGAAGCCUUUUGGAUAUUCGUUGAAGAUGUGGAUUCGGAAGUGAUUUUACAUCACGAAUUCUUCUUACUUAAACAGAAAUAUUGCGAGGAUGAACAUUUAGUCAAAUUUUUUGUGCCGAUAUACGAGCCGUUAGCGCCACAUUAUUUUUUGAGGAUUGUUUCUGACAGAUGGAUUGGAGCUGAAACCCAACUACCAGUGUCUUUCAAGCAUCUUAUUCUUCCAGAGAAAAACUUUCCACCUACUGAGCUUCUCGACCUACAACCGCUGCCAAUUACAGCUCUAAGGAGUGAAAAAUACGAAUCUCUUUACAACGAAAAAUUUCCUCAAUUUAACCCGAUUCAAACCCAAGUUUUUAAUUCUGUGUACAACGGGGAUGAGAAUAUAUUUAUAGGAGCUCCAACUGGCUCAGGCAAAACUACAAUAGCCGAGUUUGCAAUUUUACGUCUAUUCGAUAGAAACCCAGACGGUAGAUGCGUUUACUUAGUUCCGAGAGAUGCGCUCGCUGAAUUAAUCUUUGCCGACUGGCAUAUUAAGUUCGGCCAAACUAUGGGUAAAAAAGUAGUGCUUUUGACCGGCGAGACUGGGACAGAUCUUAAGUUGUUGGCAAAAGGGCAGAUAAUUAUUACCACUGCGGAAAAGUGGGAUGUACUCUCGAGAAGAUGGAAACAGCGAAAGAACGUACAGAAUAUUAACUUGUUUAUUGUUGAUGAGUUGCAUUUGAUUGGAGGAGAAGAUGGCCCUAUAAUCGAAAUUGUUUGUAGCAGAAUGAGAUACAUCUCAUCUCAGAUCGAAAAACCUAUUCGAAUAGUUGCUCUUAGUGGGUCCUUAACCGAUUACAAAGAUGUAGCACAGUGGUUGGGAUGCAACGCUAAUGCUACCUUCAAUUUCCACCCAAGUGUGAGGCCCAUACCUUUGGAAUUACAUGUGCAAGGUUUCAAUUUGACUCAUAACGCAUCUAGACUGAUCGCCAUGGGAAAACCCGCUUAUAACACCAUUAUAAGGCACAGCCCUCAUAAGCCUGUAAUAGUGUUCGUUCCAACAAGAAAACAAGCCAGGUUAACAGCUAUUGAUCUUCUGACUUAUGCUGCAUCGGAAGGGCAAUCGAACAAGUUUUUCCAUGCAGAGGAGGAAGACAUUAAGCCCUUCUUGGACAGAAUGACCGACAAAGUUGCCUACAUGCACGAAGGAUUAACAGCUGCAGAUCUGCGUUUAGUCGAGCAGUUGUUCGAUUCAGGUGCAGUGCAAAUAGCUGUGGUCACCCGAGAUCUUUGCUGGGCAGUAAAUAUAUUUGCAUAUUUGGUUAUCAUCAUGGACACCCAAUUUUUCAAUGGAAAGGUGCAUGCGUAUGAAGAUUACCCAAUCACUGAUGUUCUGCAAAUGGUGGGCAGGGCAAACAGGCCCCUUGAAGAUGAUGACGCCAAAUGCAUCCUAAUGUGUCAAUCUUCAAAGAAGGAUUUCUUCAAAAAGUUUUUGAGUGAUCCACUUCCGGUGGAGAGUCAUUUAGAUCACAGGCUCCACGACCACUUUAACGCUGAAAUUGUCACUAAGACAAUCGAAAACAAGCAAGAUACUGUUGAUUAUCUUACUUGGACUUUCUUAUAUAGACGUUUAACCCAAAAUCCGAACUACUACAAUUUACAAGGAGUUACCCAUAGGCAUUUGUCAGACCAUUUGUCCGAACUGGUAGAAAAUACUUUAUCGGAUUUAGAACAGUCCAAGUGCAUCAGCAUCGAAGACGACAUGGAUUGUGUUCCGUUGAAUUUGGGGAUGAUCGCUGCCUAUUACUACAUUAACUACACUACAAUUGAAUUAUUCAGUUUGUCGCUGAAUAGCAAAACAAAAAUUAGAGGGCUGUUAGAGAUCAUUUCAUCGGCUGCAGAGUAUGAAGAUAUUCCUGUCAGGCACCACGAAGACAAUAUUUUGAGACAAUUGGCUCAAAAGCUACCGAAUAAGCUCACUUCACCAACGGGAGGGCAACCCAAAUUCAACGACCCCCAUGUUAAAACCAAUUUACUUCUGCAAGGACAUUUGUGCAGGUUGCAGUUGAGUGCUGAACUCCAAGGCGAUACCGAAGUUGUACUAGCCAAAGCCAUAAGGCUCAUUCAGGCGUGUGUGGAUGUUCUCAGCUCUAACGGUUGGCUGUCACCUGCAGUGGCUGCUAUGGAGCUGGCUCAGAUGGUGACGCAAGCUAUGUGGAGUAAGGACUCAUACUUGAAACAAUUGCCACAUUUCAAUGCGGAAAUUAUCAAGCGUUGCACCGAAAAGGGCGUAGAAACUGUGUUCGACAUAAUGGAAUUAGAGGAUGAGGAUCGAACAAAACUAUUAAGUCUAAACGACGCACAAAUGGCAGACGUUGCAAGAUUCUGCAACAGAUAUCCAAAUAUUGAGCUAACGUACGAAGUAUUGGAUAAAGACAAAAUUCAUUCUGGAUCUUCUGUACAUGUGGCCGUUCAGCUGGAGCGAGAAGACGACAUUAAUGGCCCGGUGAUCGCUCCAUUCUUUCCACAGAAACGAGAAGAAGGUUGGUGGGUGGUGAUAGGUGACUCUCGGACAAAUUCUUUAUUAUCAAUAAAGAGGCUUACGUUACAACAGAAAGCUCGAGUGAAAUUGGAUUUUGUUGCGCCUAGUCCUGGGCACCACAGCUACACUUUAUAUUUUAUGAGCGACGCAUAUUUGGGAUGCGAUCAAGAAUAUAAGUUUUCGAUUGACGUUGGAGAUUUUGAAUCCAGCGCUAGUGAUUCGGAUUAGAAAUAAUUGCUAGUUAUAUUUUGUAGAGGGUAAUAAAAUGUGUAUGAAACAUUUUCUUAAUAAAUAAGCAGAUUUUA